GGCUCACGGUUAAACAUAGUCUCACCCACACGUCUCUGGCUCACCUAACACUCGCCUCUCGUCUGUCCAGUACCAUCUUUCCCUUCGACGCUUAUACACGCUACCAGAACCAUGAGCCGAGUGGGAAGGACCCGGCGCACGCGCGUCUAUGACUGCAAUUACAACAAGGGGGAGAGCUACUACCGGCCAGUCCUGGACCGGCUGGACGGGAAGACGGUCCGGGGGCCGGAGCCGGACCGGGAGAGGAUCCGGGCCGACGUGGAGAACCGCAUCAGGUCCGCUCUGGACGACGACGUGUUGCACGACGAACUGUUCGACUCUAGAGGUGCGCGUGCGCAGAGAGGCAGGCCUUUGUCUUCAGCCUUUGAAGAGGACGAGUUUUCUGAAGAUAUCACAGAGUCACUGAAACGCCUCAGAGCCGGCAAGAAGACAUCUCGGUUCGCAGAAGACAUCGACUUCGAGAAUUCUCUGUCCAAUCUCGAAAACCGUGUCAAGAUCUCCGACAAAAUCCUCGAGACUGUCGGCAUCGGGUCGUCAGAGAUCAGCGGCGCCAGACGUGCUCUACAGGAGAACGAGGAACGCACCGAAAAACGCAUCGCACGCAGGCUCAAUGAGGAGAACUCACUUACAAAAUGGUCUGCUCUCAAGAGUGAUGAAGAAAGUGCUGCGGCUCAGAGAGCUAAGGUGACAAGGGCACGUCUUACAGAUCUGGAAGAUGAAAUGACGGAACUCAAUGAAAGAAGUGCAGCCAGGGAGAAGCGCGCCGCGCGACUCCGUGCGCUGGUGGCUGACAGCGACGCUUUAGACUCGGGCAGUUCAGUCGCAGCCACCAAGGUCACUAUACGCGCCGAGAGGGAGAAGAAACAAGUCACCUUCUAAACUCGUGCAAACACCAUCAUGGCCGACUUCCGGCCACCGGUGCAGUCGUUGAUGCAGAUGAACUAGAUCAACGGAUUCCACAAGAAGCCGUGGAAUACUCUACGACACCAACUCUUCCUUUUUUCAUUAGCAUAAUUUUUUUACUUAUUAACAAGCCAAGCCAAGCCAUGUCCAGAAAACAUUCUGAAAACUAUGUUAACGCUUCUGCAACUUUGACCUUCAAUCAAAAGAAAAGACCAUCUGCAUCCACGAAGUCACAGGAUCGGAAGCCCGCCUUAAGAUCCGAGAUAAACUCUGCGUUCUAAAACCCAAGUUUUAGAUAAUCGUGUAGUUGCUGUGGGGGGUCUGUUUGCUAGGGGUGUCCUGCAUUUGUGCUGUAUAAUACUCGACUUAUUUUAUACUCGUCCGACAGAUAAUCGCUGUAUCGUCCUUUUCACUAAGUGUAUCAUAAACUUGUUUUUUUAUACAUAUAUUUUCAAGUUAAUUAAAAUGUUUAGUACAUAUUUUUAUAGAUUUUAGACAAGUUUUAUAUGUUGUUAUAACCUUUAAUAGGCAUGCGUUAUUGGAAAUUGUUAUUGGGCCACGGGAAUGUGUUCGGCCUCUGGUAUUCGCUCAACGGAGCUCACUUGAUGCGUACUAAGAAACCAAUGGAAAUUUCUAUGAAAUUACUGUAUUUAUUGAAUAAAGUCAACAAUAUUGA